AUGACCAACCCCCGCGGGCGGCCUAGGGGCAGGCCGAAAGGCAGCACCAACAAGAAGGCCGCGACCGCCGCGGGCAAGGCGAAGCAGCAGCACCAGCAGCACCAUUUGUCGCCAUCCGUGCAGGCGCAGGAGAGGCUGGCCGACUUCGUGGACCUCGCGGUCGUCCCGAGAGAGGCUGCAAAGAAGGCCACGUCCAGGCUGAACGGGAGCACGCCCUCCCGUGACGCGACUGCUCCUUCCUCCAACGGCAAGAAGGGCAGGGGAAGGCCUCGCUCCAUCUUCCCCUCCCCCGACAACAAGGCGGACGGUGGCGGUGGCGGCAGCAGCAGCAACAGCUCCAAGAAGCGUAAGGCUCGCGACACUGACGAGAGUAGCGAGGAGACAUCUGCUGCUACCGGCGGCAGCAACAAGUCUCACAAGAAGGCGGCCAAGAAGAAGCAUGGCCCGAGCCCCAGCCGAGGCGGGACCGGCUCGUACCCAAAGAGGAUCAGGAACGCCCCGGACGUCUUCAAGGCCGGGCCGUCGACCAAACCGAUGUCGCCUUCCAAGCCCACGGCGACGACUCCCGCCGGCGGGAAGUCCACCAGCAAGAAAAAGGCCGCCGCUGCCGCAGCAGCGGUGCCAAAGUCUAAGACCAAGUCGCCGGCCGCCAAGAAGAAACCGGCCAAGCCCGCCCCGCCGCCCCGGCCGCCGCCGCCGCCGCCGCCGUACCGGUUCGACUACAAGGGCUGGCCAGCGAUCGGCGGGAGAGAGCUUCUCGCCGCGGGGAUGUUCCUCUACGUUUCUGCGCCCAUGAUGAAGUUCGGACGUGGGUUUGAAGUUAAGAUGCAGGCUCUGGAGGAGGCCCUCUCGUCCGACAAGCCGGAAGAGAACGAGCUGCUGUCUCUGGUGCACUCGCGCCUUCUCUGCACCGGCCGCGAGCUCAAGGCGCUCAAGCCAGGAGAGCUGAAGUACCCGUACAGCUGGUGGGCGGAGCGGCUGCAGAAGAAGCUGUCUGACUGGUACCGUCGACGCGCGGUCCUGCGCGAGCUUAUCUUCGAGGCGGAGAGGUCCGACGACGAUGAGGGGGGAAUGUUACCUGCGGGGGCGGGGGGCUCGGCGGCUGGGAAAAAAGGGCAGAAGAAGGCGGCCGUGACCGUGACCAAGGGUUUGGGGGAGGCGGUAGGAGGAGGAGGAGGAGGAGGAGGAGGAGGUGGUGGCGGCGGCGGCGGGCCCACUGCCGCAUCCGGCGGUCUGCAGCAGGCGGCAGUUGUUGUUAGUGCCGCAGGGGGAGGGGGAGAGGCGGGAGGCGGGUUGCCAAAGGGAAGGAGCGUGAGUGCGAUGGACGUGGAGGGGGCUGUUGGAGCGGCGGAAGACACGGAGGCGGGGGCGGCCGUCGGGAGCGAAGCAGAGGUCAAGGCGAACGGCAGCGGUGCGGGGAUGCGGGGGAAUGAUGAUGAUGCUGCCGGUUUCGACGGACGCAAGCAGCGGGAUGCGGGAGGUGGGGUGGAGGAGACGAAGGGCGGAGAAGAAUUAUCGUCGAGGGCGGUAGUGGCGACCAAGGCGGCGGGGGCGAGAGGAGUGCGGGGGAAGACUAGUAAGUCCAAGGAGGAACCUGCUGCCGAGAUUUCCAAGGUGCCCAAGGGCCAGUGGUAUUGUCCGGACUGCCGGGAGAAGAAGCGCGUGUUCGGCUGCAACGGGUGCAUGCAGAACGACCGCCCGACCGAGAUUCUGCAGUGCGACGGGCCCAUGUGCGGGCUGGAGUAUCACUACGGCUGCCUCGACCCUCCUCUCGACAAGGUUCCCUCGAGUAAGUGGUGGUACUGCCCCGACUGCGUGAGGACAGACAACCGGGUGGGGUGCCGGGUGUGCAAGGUCGACGUGGACUACGACAAGCUCCUCAAGUGCGAUGGUCCAGGUUGCGAGCUCGAGUGGCACACGUACUGCCUCAAGCCGCCCGUGAAGACGGUGCCGAAGGGGGACUUCUUCUGCCCGUAUUGCAAGGCCAAGCAGAAGGUCGAGUUCGAGAAGAAGCGCCAGCAGGACAUCGCCCGCGCCAACGAGAAGCGGCGGCGGCGAGAGGCGAGGAAGGCCAGGGCCACCGCUUAUUCGGACGACGAUGACCAGCCGGCCUACGGGUGGCGUGGGGUGGCCGGGCUGCGAGGCGCCCUUCUCGCGCAGUACGAAGACCUCGAGCCGGACAGCCUCCGGCUCGAGCUGCAUAGGAUCAACACCCUUCUCAGGAACAUCGAGGAAGCCAGAGAGGCUUCCGACGCCCUCGCCGCCGCCGCCGCCGCCGCAGCAGCAGCAGCAGCAGCAGCAGCAGCCGCUCCUCCAGCCCCCUCCACCACCGGUUCUGCCGUCGCCGAAGACGCCGCGGAGCCGGAGCCCGCAGAUAGCCCCGGCGGCGACGGCACCAAGCCAAACGCCGGGUCGCCUCCCGUGGAAAAAAACGGGAGCGGUGCCGACGGGGCGGGCGACCGGCCGGGGUCUCCUGUCGUCGGAGAAACGGCUGAGAUCAGGGGGGGGGCGGCGGCGGCGGCGGGCGGCGGAGUCCCCAGCGAGAAGACAUCAUCGCCAGGGGCAGGGGGUCCCGCGGCAGAGAACAAGGUCGAUGAUGCCACCGCCGCUAUCGGUGCCGGUGCCGGUGCCGCCGCUAGCGGCGGUGGUGACAACGGCCACGCCGCCGCAGAGAGCGGUGACGGUGAAGGCGCUGGUGACGGCCAAGGCGCCGCCGACAGCGCCGCCGGUAGCAGCGGUGGCGACAAUGGCGAUUCCGCCGCCGCAGAUAGCGGAGACGGUCAAGCCGCCGCCGGCGGCGACGCUAGCGGCGGCGUUCCGGAAGAGACGGACCCGGUGGCGGCGUUCUGGGCGGCGCUGGCGGCCGCCGCACCGGCGGAGCCGGCCCCGAUGGACGACGGGAGUGGCGAUGGAGGAGGCGGAGCGGGGGCCGACGAGGAGGAACAAGAGGAGGAGAAGGAGGUGGACGGGGCGUGGGGAGGGGCGGGGGAUAGCCCGCUGGCGAACGGCAAGAGUUACGGGUCGUUGUCCGUGCCGCUGCGCGCCGGCAUCCUGAGCGCGCUCUGCGAGGACUACAUGGAGGACGACGGCUUCCGAGUGCGCAUCAUCGACGAGGUGUACCCGGAUUGGCUGAGAGCGACCCCGUUCGGUCACGACAGCUGCGGGAGGCUCUACUAUCGUUUCAUCCACUUCAGGAAGGAGAUGAGGGUGUACAGAACGGUGGAGGGAGAUAGCCCGAUCCCCCCCGUGGACAAGGUCGCAACAGAGCUGACCGGUUGCGGAACCCUUGAGGCUGCAGCGGAGGCGGCCGCAGAUCGCAAGCCCUCUAGACUGCGCGGCGGCUCCGAGCUGGAGCUGGUGGCGGACUCUCUUGAGGGGAUGGAGCGCUUGCUGGCGGCCCUGGGAAAAUCCAAGUCCAAGAGUAAACGGGACGACGCGGCUCUCCACACUAACCUCGCCCAGGAAGUGGAAGAGAUGGGAACAUGGGUGAGGGAAAGCAUGGAGAAGGAGGAGAAGCGGAGGCUCGCGGACGAGGCAAGGGAGAAGAGACAGCUCGCGCUGGAGGCGCAGCCCAGGAGACGCAGCGGCCGCUUGAUCCGUGCUGAGGCGGGAUGGGCCGUUGCAUCAUUGAAGGAGAAAGAGGAUGAGGAGGAAGAGGAAGACGAAGAGGAAGAGGAGGAAAAAGCACCCGAAGAAGAAGGUGAAAAUCAGGUCUCCGCUGAGUCCCCGCCGGAGAACGGAGAGAGUGACAGCCCUCCUCAAGACGGCGAGGUUGGCCUCGGUGGCACCGCCGGCGGCAGGGACGGCGACGGGGACGGCGGCGGCGAUGACGACACGGCCCCGGCCGGCCCCGGUGAGGGGACGUCGGCCCCGGCGAUGAUGGCCGACGGCUUGUCGCCGUUGGUUCCUAUGGAUACCGGGGAGGAGGAGGAGGAGGAGGAGGAGGAGGAGGAGGAGGAGGAAGGAGAAGGCGCCGAGGAAGGUGCGGGCGGCGGCAUGCAGGCUGUGCCGGAGGUAAACGCUGAAAUGAUUACAGCGAAGGAGGAAGAGGCGAAGGAACAGGAGGAGGAGGAAGAGGAGAAGGUGGAAGAGGAAGAGGAGGAGGAGGAAGGAGAAGGCGGUGCGGCAGGCAACGCACCGGGAGAGGCUCCUGCACCCGGCACCCCGGAAACCCCCGCGCCUGCUCUCGGCAAGCACCCCAGGACGGACGACCCGUCUCCUACGGAAUCGGGCGGCGCGGACGUCGGCGGCGGCGGCGGUGGCAGAGGGAAGGAACCACGGGUGGUGGAACAGCAGUCCACCGCUUCCGCGGUGAGUGAUGCCGGCACAGCGGGGGCGGAUCAGCAGUCGAUAGCGCGCGAGAUCGCCUGGGAGACACCCCCGGCGGCGGCCAGCAGCGGGGGUGAGGUCGUUGCCGGGUCGGCUCCGCUUUCCCCCCCGGAGGACAGACGCUCCCGGCCGGAAGCAGGGGCGGUGUCGUCGCCUGUUAAGACUCCCCCCUUGAACGGGAUGGCGUUCAGUGGAGCCCUCGACAUUAUGGCUUUAGCGGCCUCCUCUCGCCCAAGAGCGACAACCCCCUCGUCUAGCCGCUCGCCCUCUCAAGAUCGCAGCAGCAGCAGCGGCGCCGGCGCCGGCGCCGGUGACGAUGGCAGCCCCGCUAGCCGCGGCAACGGCAAAGGCAGUUGCGGGCCGCUGCAAAACAAGACCACUCCCGCCGCCGGCCUUGGCGCCGCUCUCGACAUGAUGGCGUCCGCCGUGGAUGCCCGCGCCCCGGGUGCGCUGCUCAGUAACGGGGGCGACGGGGUCGAGGGUGGUCAGGAGGAGAGAUCGACGGCCGGCUCUAGACAAGCCAAUUGUACGUAGGUUUCAUGUAGUGGGUUUUGGAAUGUGGUGGGUUUUGGAAUCGAUCUGCCGCGCUCCCCCAUGAGACUCCUGGGGCUGGCUGCCACGACCGUGCUUUCUUGGCAAACGUAGGCGGACGGGCCCACGACAUGGCGGCCGACCGAAGGUUGGCUGUGUUGAAGGACUAAUGAGCCUGUAGCUAUAAUAGGUACAUAGAGAGACGCACGGAGGACGGGGCUGAUUUUCGGUUUCGUGUGUCCACAACUCAUCGGGAAGAUAUCAGCCCCUUCUGCUGUAGAAUUGAAGAGUAGUGAUGGCCGUGAGCGUGCGCUGAUUGCGGUGUUUUUUUCUGUCGCUGACGAUCCGUUCGCUGAAAAAAUGUGAGGAGUACAAGACACUACUGCUGUACAGUUUUUGUCCAGGUAUGAAACAUGCUUGCCCGCUCGAGAUGUGGGAUACGGGGGUAACGUGCUAUGCAUACAGCACGGUGAAAGUGUUGUUUGUUGACAGAGUAAACAGGACGUGAGGGCUGGGGGUGCACUUGAAUGGAAGCCUCUCAGCGACACAAGGUUCGUUGCGUUGCUCAUAUUCACUUUUUUCUUUUUUAGUUUUAGAGAGAAACAUGGAAACACAGGAACCGGAUAUGAGGGUACGCUUGAGUGGGGCCCUCCGGGACGUAGCUGUAAGUUGUUUAUUCCUAGUGGUGUUUUUUUGAUCGACAGACGCUUACAAGACAGGAAAACUGAGACGUAUGUGGGAGAGGGAGAGGGGGAGGUGUGAAGCAUUUUUUCGAGAGGUUGUGUAGGUGAGCUGUGGUGUUCUUCGAAGGAUCGAGGGAUCUAGGCAGAGGACGGUCGUGUUUGCCGGGAUCUCGAUCCUGAAAUUUUUGUGGACGGGUGAAGUGCGUAUGUUGUAGGAGGAGUACAAGCUGCUGCCGCUCCGGGAUGUACUCAUCGAACACCAAUAAGAGGCGUGGGAGAAGGAGUAACGUUGUCGACGGGAUGUUGGAGAUUAUAUUGUACCAGGUAGUACUUAUUUGGUACCAU